GCCGCCGCCGCCGCCGGGUGUCCGUGCAGGCGCGUAGACAGCUAGGACGCGGCUGGCCGCCGGCAGGUCGCAGCCAUGCCGAUGCACCCCAUCACCUCCACGCUGAUGUACCGGGGCAUGUGCGUCAUCCCGGACCUCCUCAACUACCGCGCCCCGGUCAACCUGCCCGAGGACGAGGUCGAAGAGAUCCGCGAGGCCUUCAAAGUGUUUGACCGUGACGGUAAUGGCUUCAUCUCCAAGCAGGAGUUGGGCAUGGCCAUGCGCUCCCUGGGCUACAUGCCUAAUGAGGUGGAGCUGGAGGUCAUCAUCCAGAGACUGGACAUGGACGGUGACGGGCAGGUGGACUUUGAGGAGUUUGUCACACUUCUGGGUCCCAAGCUGACGGCGGCCGGGAUACCAGACAAGUUCAACGGCACCGACUUUGACUCGGUUUUCUGGAAGUGUGACAUGCAGAAGCUGACAGUGGAGGAGCUGAAGCGUCUUCUCUACGACACCUUCUGUGACCACCUGACCAUGAAGGACAUCGAGAACAUCAUCAUGACGGAGGAGAACCACAUCCAGAACCCUGGGGAGUGCCAGGUGGAUAUAGACAGUUCCAGCCCGACGCAGCAGGUCAAGCAAACGUGCGUUCGCAAGAGUCUGAUCUGCGCCUUCGCCAUCGCCUUCAUCAUCAGCGUCAUGCUCAUCGCCGCCAAUCAGGUGCUGCGCAGCGGCAUGAAAUAGCGGACGUUUCCCAAGGUGUACAAAGAGACACAUCCUCCUCGUUACCCUCGUGCUCGUUAGCGGUGGCAGCUCUACAAGAGACGUGUCGUGACUCUCC